UUCACUCGCGAGGGGUCGCCAAAAACCAGCAAGUCUGUCUGUAGUCCUACCUCAGCCUCAGGAAACGUUUCUUCUCAGCAGCUAGCUAGCUAAAAUAUUCACUUUAUAGUCUAUGAUAAAAAGAAAGGAAUAAGUCUGAGGACAGCUCACAAGUUUACUCAGUGUAUGCUAUUGUUGGAGUCGCCAAAAGCUAAAGUUUAUCCUCGGGUCAAUAGCGGCCGGACAGUUUUGUGGCGAUGGCGGCAGUCACCAGGAAAUUCACCAUGACCCAGAAGUUCCACCGCCGGUCCCGUCGCCAGCCCUAUCCGGUGAGAACCAUCACGACCCGGAGUCAGGGCAUGGCCAGUGGCUGCUUCUUCGAGAGGCUUCCUGCAGAGGUCUUUGACAUGGUCCUGGACAGACUCUCUGUGCUUGAGAUCAGUGUGUUCAGCAUGGUGUCCAAGGCCAUCAAUCGCUACAUUGUGAAUCACAUCUCUACUCAGACCUGGAGGAACAGAAUGAUCCUACAGAAGCUCCAGCACUGCUCCUCUCCCUCCUCUCCGUCUCCCAAAGAGGACCCCGCCACCCUGGGACACUACAAAGCGCUGGGGUUGUUGUUCAAGAGGUGUACCCUGUUGCUACCUACAAAGGACAGGUUGAAGUUUAUAUAUAGCAAGUUCUCCCAGGUCCCGUGCUUCAUGAUGGAGCAGUGCACUGCCUCAACAGGCUGCCCUUUCUUCUCCAGCUACGGAGUUUUCUUGCAGACGUUGAUUGCGGGCUGGGAUGAGCUGGAGUGUCACCGGGUCUUCAACUUCCUGUGCGACUUCACAAACCUUCCCCGGAAGAUUGAGUUGGUCGUCACUGGAAAGCCAGGAGCAUGUCAGCGGUUGGAGCUGCAGAUCCGUGGGUUCUGUCGUCAGGUUCUGUUGGAGCCGUGGAGCAGCCGUAGAGACACUCUGUUCUGGCUCACCAGGAUCCUCCAGUCCUGGCCCAUAGUCUCACAGGCCAGGCUACUGUUCAUACUCUACGGACCACGGCUGCCUGACGGUUCUCUGGGCUGGCAGGAGCAGUUGGGUGCAGGAGUAGCCCAGUGUUCUCUGUGGGACUUGGCCAAGGCUGUGAUCCUGCUCCACAGUGACCUGGAGGCUAGAGACUGGACCACUGACACCGUACUGGCCAUACUGGAGGAACUCACAGUGCUCCCCCAGGCGUGGCAUGUAGAGAGCGUGGCCAGGCUGUUGAUCCUGUGUGGGAACAGUCUGUGUUACAGUAUUCUGGCUAGCAAGGCUCUCAACGGACGCCUCUUUGAGAUCUCACGACUCCUCGUCUACCUCAUACUGGUGUGUGAGAAGGACGGCUACUGUAUGAACUGGUCGGUGAGGAUGGUGCAGCAGGUGUGCCAGGUGUUCUUGUCGCCGUCAGACAGGUGGUCGUUCAUCCAGAGCGUUGAGAACAUGUUCUCAGAGGUUACCAUGGAGAUGUACGAGGUUGUCAUGGCAGGUAACCGUCAUGAGGACAUGGAGACCUUCCAGAGCCUCCUGAAUGCCAGCGCUCACUUCCACACUGAGAUAGUCUACAUGUUCCUCAAGAAGGAUUGAGGAAAGAGAAAGGAAAGUGAGUGGAUAAGAGAUAGAAGAACAGGAGAGAGUAGGGACACUUUCAGGGAAAUGAUCUGAAGGUUUGUGUUUGAGCAGAAAGAGGGAUAUAAAAGGAGUGAAGUUAGCCCAAGAUAGGGAAAAUUAAGGGUUUCUUCUCCCUUUGUCAACAGUAUUCACAUCAUUACACUUUUAUACUUUUGUUAUAGAGCUUAUUUGUACUUUUGUAAAUUAACUGCUUUAAAAUAUUGGUAUCCAGUAAAGGAGUAUUUAAUUAUAUUUAUAGAUUUAUUAACAUAAGUUUGCAACUAUUUAUUAGGAUUUCAUAAAGGUGUUCAACUUGUACAGUGUAACGGUUAUGAUGCAUUGAUUGUACUUGAUGCUUCUGUGUUGAUGGAAGCUGAAACUCAUCUGUUUUUGCAUAAAUUAUUAAAAUGGCCUUUGGGGUCUGCAGUGUUGAUUCAC